CUUACUCAUCUGCAUCUUCCCAUCUCGUUGAAAACCAAAAUACAAGAUCUGGUGCCUUUAGACUAGCAACAUCAUCUAUGCAAAAUCAAUCAGAAGCUGUUUCCCCUUGUUCUAGAUCAAAUGCAUUUUUAGAUGCGCUUCAAUGGUUCAACAAAGCAUCUGAGCUAAGUGUGGUAUCUGCCACUGCCAUAAUUGGGAGAUUUGUUUGGUGGAGCCGUGAUAGAGAAGCUGUCUAUCUCUUUUCAAGAAUGCUUGCAUCAAAUAUCAGACCCAAUGAGUUUACAUUUGGCACUUUAGUUCGUUCAUCAAUUGCUCAAAAAGAUGUUCAUGUAGGCAAGCAACUUCAUGCAUGUGCGACAAAGGUAGGUUUGCAUAAAAAUGUCUUUGUGGGAAGUGCACUUGUGGACUUGUACUGCAAGUUGAGCGUGAUUGAGGAUGCCUGUAAAGCUUUUGAAGAUACCCGAGUUCCCAAUGUUGUUUCUUACACAACUUUGAUAUGUGGAUACCUAAAAAAGAACAGGAUUGAAGAUGCACAUCAUCUUUUUAGAUUGAUGCCCCAGAGAAACAUCGUUUCAUGGAAUGCAAUGAUUGGUGGGUACAGCCAGACUGGCCACAAUGAAGAGGCUUUGAAUCUUUUUGUUGAGCUGCUUAGAGAAGGAUUAAUACCUAAUCAGUCUACUUUUCCUUGUGCAAUCACUGCAGCUGCUAAUGUUGCUGCCCUUGGAAUAGGUAGAAGCUUUCAUGCAUGUGCUGUGAAGUUCUUGGGCAAGCCUGAUGUGUUUGUUAGCAAUUCACUUGUAAGCUUUUAUGCAAAAUGUGGAAGCAUGGAAAGUAGCCUUUUGGUUUUCAAUAAGCUUAGGGAAAGAACAACUGUAUCAUGGAAUGCCAUGAUUUGUGGUUAUGCUCAAAAUGGAAGAGGGCAUGAAGCUAUUAUCUUUUUUGAAAAAAUGCAAGAAUCAGGUUGUCAGCCUAAUGAUGUCACAGUUCUAGGUUUAUUAUGGGCAUGUAAUCAUGCUGGUCUGGUCAAUGAAGGUUACUCAUACUUUAAUAGGUUAAGGCGUGAGAACCCCAGCUUGCUAAAAUCAGAGCACUAUGCUUGUAUGGUUGACCUACUCUCCCGCUCUGGACAUUUUAGAGAAGCUGAAGAGUUUAUUCAUGAUUUGUCAUUUGAGGCCGGAGUUGGUUUUUGGAAAGCAUUACUUGGAGGCUGUAUGAUCCACUCUAACGUGGAGUUGGGGGAGUUGGCAGCACGCAAAAUUCUGGCUUUGGAUCCUGAGGAUGUGUCUUCAUAUGUCAUGUUGUCUAAUGCACAUUCUGCAGCUAGUAGAUGGCAGAAUGUCUCAGAAGUAAGAAGACAAAUGAAAGAAAAGGGACUGAAGAGGGUCCCUGGUUGUUGUUGGAUUGAGAUUAGAAACAAAGUUCAUGUAUUUGUUACAGGGGACAGAAAUCAUCACCAGAAGGACGAAAUAUAUAUGGUUUUGAAGUGGUUCGUUGAGAUCACACAAGUGGACGAAGCUUAUAUAUUACUGGCAGAUUCUUGAAAUCAAAAUUUGGCCUCCUUGGGUUGGAUAUUUAUGCCACUGAAUGGGUACUAAAUAGGCUACGGCACAUUGCAUUGAGAUAUAAUCCCCCAACUGAGCAUAUCACUUUGCAGUUGCACUUCUUAGGAAGAGAGCUUUCUGUAAAAUGACGUUAGCCUAAACUAUUCCCAAUUAAGUGAGUUUGUCUUAUUCUCCAAUAUAAUUGGAUAUACUAUUCCUUUUUAAGCUUACUUGAUAACCCGAUGCUUUUGCUAUUGAGCCAACA